UGCAACUCUUAAUAUCAGUCAACAACAGUAAUUUGUGGCUAAUAAUGAAGACUAUUACAAGUUUGGUCUUGAUUUUACUUGCAAUUAAUGGCUGUACAGCUAUUUUCCGCAAAAAUCUAUUCCCAUCGCAUUCAGCGGCUAAUGUAAGGCAGAGCCGAGAUGUUGGGGAUCCACUAUUUUUGACGCCAUAUAUCGAGAGUGGAAAGAUAGCUGAGGCACAGAAGUUGAGUCAAAUAGUAGGCCUGUCCUCAGCGCCUAAUAUCACUCAUUAUUCCGGAUACCUAACCGUUAAUAAGAAGUAUAACAGCAAUACUUUCUUCUGGUAUUUUCCGGCUCUCAAUAAAGACAAGAAUGCGCCGAUUCUGCUGUGGCUUCAGGGAGGACCGGGAGGGUCGUCACUAUUCGGACUCUUCUCAGAGAACGGACCACUUGUGUUGAAUUCAGACUUAAAGGCCAGUCUUCGGGAAUACACGUGGGGUCAGGAGUUCUCUCUACUUUACAUCGAUAAUCCGGUGGGAACUGGAUUUAGUUUUACAGAAAAUGAUGAGGGUUAUGCGAGGGAUGAGAACGAUGUGGCCCGAGAUCUAUACGAAGCGCUGCAACAGUUUUUCACACUAUUUCCUAAUGAAAGACAAAAUGAUUUCUACAUAACGGGGGAGUCGUAUGCGGGUAAAUACGUGCCGGCGAUUGCAUAUAAGAUUCACUCCGAGGGGAACGCCUCUAAUAUCAGACUGAAGGGCAUAGCCAUAGGUGACGGACUGUGCGAUCCGGAGACUAUGUUUGGUUACGGAGACUUCCUCUUCCAGAUCGGACUCUUAGAUGAAAAUCAAAGAGAUUUCUUCAACAGUGAGACUAAGAAAGCCGUCAAUUAUAUCGAGAAUCAGAAAUAUUUGGACGCCUUUAAGGUAUUUGAUUUCCUCCUUAACGGCGACCUAAUCAACAGCACCUCAUAUUUCACGAAUGUUACGGGACUUACAUUUUACUACAACUUCCUGCUGAGUAGAUCUCCCGUAGAGUUCUCUUAUUAUCCCAAAUAUCUGGGUUUAGAGGAGACCAGACGUGCCAUUCAUGUGGGAAAUGUGACAUACGAUGAGGGAAAUACAGUUGAGAUGCAUCUCAUCAACGAUGUCAUGCAGUCAGUGAAGCCAUGGGUGACCGCGCUGUUGGACGCGGACUAUAAGGUGUUGAUAUAUAGCGGACAACUGGACAUAAUAGUGGCCGCACCUCUCACUGAGAACUUCGUGCAAAGUAUUAAAUGGCGAAAAGCGGAUCAAUACAAAAAGGCUGACCGAUUGGUGUGGAAGGUGUCCGAUAAGGACACAGAAGUGGCCGGCUAUGUUCGAGAAGUCGAUAAGUUUGCUCAGGUGGUUGUCCGCAAUGGAGGGCAUAUCUUACCCUUUGAUCAGCCGAGAGCUACACUCGAUAUGAUCACUAGAUUUGUUAAAAGCCAAUCGUUUAAAAAUCGUCAAAUCGCAGCAUCCAAUCGACGAUCUAUAGGUCCGUCAGAAAUAGUUGCGAGGGAUGGCAUGUUUUUAGGUGGGACUGUAGUCUCGCACCCGAAUAGAGCACAAGUAGCUGUUUGUGGCCAUAAAUGGUGGCAAGAAUUCUAUGUUCAAAGGCCUGAACACCAACGAAACCCUUCCGGGAGUUGUUUUGUCGUGGAUUUGGAUAAACCCAAUGAGACACCCGUUGCUAUAUUCCCGUUAUCCGAGUCGAGUCAAAUAGGUCUACAAAUUCAACAAAACACUUACUAUUACUCGCAUUCAAUGAGUGGCUUUUCCGCCGCAUUCACACCCGUCUGUAAUCAACCAAUUAGCGGUGAGAGUCUGUUGUUGGGAGCGCCGGGAUUCUACCAAUGGAGGGGUACUUUCCUCGAGACUGAAGCCAUUCCUUUAGGCAUUAAUGGCUUAUUAAAGGAGAGAUUUGUUUUGAAUCAACGCUCGACAACCAGUGCCGUUUUGUUGAGAACAAGACCUAUCGUUAAGAUAAUGGCAGAGAUUAGGCUCAACGCCUCGCACAUCAAUGUUAACGAACAGAACUGUCAAUACUUUGAUCCAAUCACCAGAAGUCGUAAACUAGUCCCGUGUGUGUCCGCCAAGUAUUGUAUCCGAUAUGACGGCUCUUACGUCCCGUCGUCACUGAAUCUCAACAUAAGUCUAGUCCUCGACAGCAGAAGGGCUGAGAAUCCGCGAUGUCUUACGAUAUAUAAGAACCAAAUGCGGUCUCAAAUCAAUAAGAUUCUGACAAUCGGUGCCUAUUCUACACAAAACUGUUUCGACGAAUUCGUUGUCUAUCUUAAUGAUAAGGCUUCACUCGACGAUAUAUUCACACCAAUUGAGAUGUCUCUCAGCUAUUCACUCAUCCAAUUGCGGACAAAAACCAAUACGUUUUGUGCUAAAUGUCCGAUAAUUAAAGACAAUAAUGUGGUAACAAAUGAGAUACACUUCCAAACAGGUUGUGGAGUGGAUGAGAAAUGUGUCUCAAAACUGAAAAUAUCGACCAAAACUUUACUCAAUAAUAAGCCCUAUAAGAGAAGUGAUGUCAUAUGGGAAGGACAUCAUCGGACUUUAACUUUAGUGACAACUGUCCGCAAUAACGGCGAACCCUCCUAUUUAACUAAACUAUUGAUUAAGUCAAGUCCUAACUUAAACCUAAUCCGACAGGACAGUAGGUGUCGACUACUUAAGCUCAACACUCAUAAUCACACCCAAGGCUAUGAGUGUGAUGUUGGGAACCCAUUGGAAAUGAAUAGUCAUCAAGAAAUUGAGAUUCCGUUGGAUAUCUCUAAAUUGGAUUUAGAUAUCAAUGAAAUUGAGUUCAAUAUAGAGCUGAAGAGCGCCAGUCAAGUGACAAAAGACAGUCAAAUGAAUGAGACAUUUGUGAUGAAUGUCAUUAGGAAUGCGAGUCUUAUAAUGAUUGGAAAUUCAUUGGAAUCUGAGAUCAUUUAUGAAAGUGAGAGCAAAAGGAAACGUGAUUUCAUCCCAUUUUCUGGUAGUUUUCAAGUAACCAAACAAAACUCCAGUUCUGUUGGCAAUGUAUUCAUCGAAAUCAGUUUUCCCAGUCUUUUCAAUAAACAGCCACUACUUUAUCGUCCAAUUGUUGAGUUAAGUGGUGGAGUGGUCCCAGUCAACUGCAACCGAACCAUUUCAGAGCUACCGGUGCUACCACUGACCAUAAAUGCUGGUAAAAGUACAGACAAUAGUGAUCAACGGGAUGGUAGUAAUGAGGAACAAACCAAUGAUAUUAAUAAAAGAAGUUUACUAUUGGAAUGUAAUUCCCGAAUAGAGUGCCUGAAGUUGGAGUGUUUUGCGGGUCCAUUCACUUCAGACCAACAAACGGCCAAAUUCUAUGUACAGCCGGCGCUCAAUAUUAAAGCAAUUGAAGCUAUUUUUGGCAAAAAAUACGAUUCAAUCAAACUUCGAGUUCAAUCCAAAGCUGUUAUUCUGGACACAAGAAUCACAUCAAAAGCGUCACAAAUCUCCACCGAUUUUGUAUUCAAACGAAUCGACUUAAAAGCGGAACCCAUAAAGUGGUGGAUACUUGUGGUCAGCAUUGGAGUCGGACUCAUCAUAUUAGCCAUCAUUAUCAUAGCAUUAGUCAAAUGCGGAUUCUUUAGGCGAAAUCAAUUGCCAAAUGAAGACAAAGCCGAUGAGUUGGCAAACAAUGGCCGCACAGAAGACAAUGAAGUCGAGAGGAAUUCAUUGCUUGAAUUCGAUGAACAAAACCAAACCCAAGACGAGUCGGCAACUGAUAUACAAAACAUUGAUAACAAUCAUUCAAAUGGUUUGAAAUCGUAA